AUGGCAGUAACUUUGCUCAAAUCCCCACUUCUGAUUCUGGAGAAUUUCAUCGGAGGUGAAUUUAUUCCAUGCAACAAACACAUCGACUCCUUUGAACCGUCCACCGGAGAAGUGUACUGCAAAGUCCCGGACAGCGGCCCCCAAGAGGUGGAAGCAGCUGUAGAAGCAGCGAAGAAGGCCUUUCCUGAGUGGUCUUCUCGCAGUCCUGAGCAACGAGCUCAAAUCCUCAACAAACUGGCCGACCUGUUGGAAGAGCAGCUGCUUGAAUUCGCUCAGGCUGAAUCCAGAGACCAAGGUAAAACUGUGACCUUUGCAAAAAAUGUGGACAUUCCCAGAUCUGCGUACAACUUUCGGUAUUUCGCCUCAUCUGUCCUCCACCACACCACGGACUGCAGCCAGAUGGAUCACCUGGGCUGUCUCAACUACACUAUCCGCUGCCCUGUGGGUGUGGCGGGUCUGAUCAGCCCCUGGAAUCUGCCCUUGUACCUGCUCACCUGGAAGAUCGCGCCGGCCAUCGCCACAGGAAACACUGUAGUGGCCAAACCCAGCGAGAUGACGUCAGUGACGGCUUGGAUGAUGUGCAAGCUCAUGCAAAAGGCUGGUGUGCCUCCAGGAGUGGUCAACAUGGUCUUUGGCACCGGCCCCAGAGCAGGAGAUGCUCUGGUCGCUCAUCCAGAUGUUCCUUUGAUUUCCUUCACUGGCUCCACACUGACAGCUCAAAUAAUCACUGAGCGCUGCGCCCCCUACUGUAAGAAACUCUCUCUGGAGCUGGGAGGCAAAAACCCAGCCAUCAUCUUUGCAGACGCGGAUUUGGACAAAUGCAUUGAGACCACUGUGCGCUCCAGCUUCUCCAAUCAGGGUGAAAUCUGUCUGUGCACCAGUCGAAUUUAUGUUGAAAGAAGCAUAUACCAGACUUUUAUGGAAGAGUUUGUUGCUGCUGCAAGAAAGUGGAAAACCGGCGUUCCAUCAGACCCCAGCAACAGCAACGGAGCAUUGAUCAGCAAAGAACACUUGGCCAAGGUUCGCAGUUUUGUGGAGUUGGCCAGAUCCGAAGGAGGCACCGUACACUGCGGAGAGGGCGUGGACCCGCUUCACCUGCCUGCGGCUAAUGCUAACGGCUACUUCAUGCCUGUCACGGUCAUUUCAGGCCUGUCCGACUCCUCCGCAGUGAUGCAGGAGGAGAUCUUCGGACCGGUCACUUGCGUCAGCACCUUUGACACGGAGGAGGAAGCUGUCGCCAAGGGCAACGGGGUGCGGUACGGGCUGGCGGCCACGGUAUGGUCCCAGGACGUGGGUAAGGUGCACCGCAUGGCCAAGAGGCUCCAGGCUGGACUGGUCUGGACCAACUGUUGGCUGGUGCGUGAUCUGAAUCUGCCUUUUGGGGGCAUGAAGAACUCGGGGGUGGGACGAGAGGGCGGCAAGGACUCCUACCACUUUUUCACUGAAGUCAAGAGUGUUACGAUCAAGUACUAA